AUGGAGGACGAGCUGCGCUGUCCCUGCUGCAAGGAGCUGUUCGUGGAGCCGGUGCUGUUGCCCUGCUGGCACGCGCUGUGCCUGGCCUGCGCGGUAAAUCUGCAGGCGCCGCCGGACUCGCCGCCGGAGUCCACCGUCGACUCGUCCAACGCGCCCGGCUCCGAUCAGGAGGCCGACAAGCUGUCGAUCCUGUCGGAGACCGACUCCGGCGUGGUUUGCAGCAGCACGUCCACGAGCUCGCGGCCGGGCAGCUACGUCGGCACCCCGGGUAACGGCGGCUUCCCGCCGUCCGGCGGUACCCUCUGCCUCUCGUGCCCGGUCUGCCAGAAGACCGUCUACUUCGACGAGGGCGGCGCCCACAAUCUGCCCAAGUACCGCGCGAUGCAGCAUAUCGUCGACAAGUACCAGGAGUCGCGGAAUUCACGGCUGCAGUGCCAGAUGUGCGAGGGGGAGCCGCGCGACGCGACCGUCGCGUGCGAGCAGUGCGAGGUUUUAUACUGCGACGCCUGCAGGGAGUCCUGCCAUCCGAAGAGGGGCCCGUUGGCGGCCCACAACCUGGGACCACCGAGAGGCAGCUGGCAAUCAAGUGGGAGCAAGGGAUCUCGGCCCGAGGGCACGCCGAUCUGCAACGAUCACAAUGGCGAAGCGGUGACCCUCUACUGCGCCCUUUGCAAGAUCGCGAUAUGCGCCCUGUGUCUUCGCGAUCGUCACGCCGCGCAUCCUCACGACGUUCUGCCGUUGGCCGCUGCAUGCAAAGCGCAAAAGAAUUUCGAGAAACGGUUGCAAAGCAAGGAAAUGCUUGAAAAAUCAUGGACGGAGCUGUCGCAAAAUCUACAGCAGCUGUCGGAGAGGGCCCGCUCGACGACGGAGUUCAUUCAAAGGCUCAAAGGAAUGACGGAUAAAGUACAUGAGGAAUGCGUUGCGCUCGAGGAGGAGGUCGAGGAUCGAGUGGCGAAUCUGGUGAGUCUUCUGCAGGCGAGAAAAUCACGGCUGAUCGAAGCCGCCCGGCAGACCAGGGAGGCGAGGGUGCGCUCGUUGCGAGACCAGGUAGCGAGAUGUGCCACGCAUCUGCAGGCGACCACUGCGCUGCUCACGUUCUGCAUCGAGGCGCUGAAGGAGAACGACAGCGCGGCCUUCCUGCAGAUCGGCGGGAUGCUGUCGGUACGCGCGGCGACGGCCGCCGGCUCCUGGGGCGGCGCCGAGGGCGUCCAGGAGAUCGCCCGUCUGCCGUUGCUCGAUCUCACCCUGGACGACAAGCCGCUGCGCCGCGCCAUCGAUCAGCUCACCUUCGUCCAGCUCAAACCGUCGGAGGGGGAGGAACGAUAUCCUACAGCAGCACCCGGAGCGCCCUUACUGAUCCCCGAAGAGUGUAGCGCCGAGAACAACAGCGUCACCGUUGCCUGGCAGCCGCCACCUGGCCACGGAAUUAUGGGCUGCGCCGGACAGAGGGGCCCCGCCAUCGAGGGAUAUCUCUUGGAGCUGGACGACGGCUGCGGCGGGGAGUUCAGGGAGGUGUACUGUGGCCGCGAGACCAUUUGCACGGUAGACGGGCUGCACUUCAACUCGCUCUACAACGCCAGGGUACGGGCCUUUAACAGCGCCGGCGAGGGCGAGUACUCGGAGCUGAUCGGCCUUCAGACCGCCGAGGUGGCGUGGUUUUCGUGGGCCACCGGCGCGACCGGCAUACCGCAGGAGGUGUCCAUAUCCGAGGACGCGAUGAGCGCGUCCUGCGAGGGCUACGAGCACCGCGUGGUCCUCUCGAGCGUCGGCUUCUCGCGGGGCGUGCACUACUGGGAGCUGACCAUAGAUCGAUACCACAGUGACACCGAUCCGGCCUUCGGUAUCGCCCGGGCCGAUGUGUCGCGCGAUCUGAUGCUGGGCAAGGACGACAAAGGCUGGAGCAUGUACAUAGACCGUCAGCGGUCGUGGUUCAUGCACGGCGGCGGCCACGCGCAGCGCACGGAGGGCGGGGUACAGCAGGGCUCGACCGUCGGCGUCCUCCUCGAUCUGGACAACACGCACACGCUGCGGUUCUUCGUCAACGACCAGCCGCAGGGCGGCAUCGCCUUCCGCGAUCUCUACGGCGUCUUUUAUCCGGCGAUCAGCCUGAAUCGCGGCGUGACCGUGACCCUGCACACCGCACUCGACGUGCCGCGUCACCUCCUCGCACUACACGAGGAGUACGUUAGCGAUAUGGUUCAGAGCUAG